UUAGUGUGUGUUUCAUACUACUUCCCAUCUCCCACAUCUGUGUUUCCACUUUCCAUUGCUUCGUCAAUUCCACUCCAUCCCCCCUCCCAAAAGUCACAGUAACGGUCACAUUUUUCGUCUGUCACCUCAACUCAGAACCUCAUCACCUCCGAACGGCAAGAUCUCAUUUUCAUCUCUCUCUCUUCGUACCCAAAUCACUCUCUUUCAGAAAGAAAAUGACAACAAGCUUUGGGUUAUUCUCUCUCUUGCUUUUGCUGACCCUACCCGAUUUCACUCUCUCCCGUGCCUCCAUCCCGAAUCAGAGAACAGUUUCGAGGGCCCAGAACGGUGUCGUUGGCACGGAGCUGUGGUGCGUGGCCAAGAACAACGCGGAGGAUGCAGCUUUGCAGUCGGCUCUGGACUGGGUAUGCGGGCCCGGCGCCGCUGACUGCGGUCCAAUCCAGAAUGGCGGUCCAUGCUACGACCCGCACGACAUCCAGGCUACCGCCUCCUUUGCCUUCAAUGACUACUACUUGAAGCACGGCUUGUCCGACGACGGUUGCUUCUUUGAUAACACUGCCGCCCUCACUUCUUUGAACCCCAGUCAUGAUAAUUGCAAAUUCCCUUCCAGCUUGAAUGUGAACAAUGGAAGCGUUUCCAGUCUUUCAGCCGCAGGGGGGUUGGGUUCAAGCGAAGGCAUAAGCGGCUGUUCUCAGAUUGCUCAGCAGUUGUUUUGGCCUGUAAUUACCGGUCAUAUGUUCAUGUUGCUUACACAGAUUAUUUCACAAUGGUAGAGAUUAACGUCUUUACCCCUUUUUUCCCUUUGGAUUAUUCUGUCAGGGAAAUUGAAAUUUAGAGUCCUUUUUAUCAACAAGAUAUACACGCUAGGCAUUUAGGUUUCAAAUUUCAAUCUGCAGCAUAUGUUAUAUUAAGUUAGUACUGCUAAGGAUUCGAGUUUUAUUUCUUAUGUUUUAGCUGUUUGACAUUUGUUAUAUAUGUUAACAGAUGAAGCAGAAUCAAGUUCUUGAGCCUGCAAUCAAGUGGGAUUUUUAUGGCUUAUUUUGGGGGAUUACAGCCAUCUGAACCUAGUGGAUGGCUUAGAUGCUCCAUUUCCUAGCAAUCUCAGAAAAGAUAUGACUAAGGCGUCGUUUGGAUUGAGAAGUGAUUUCAACUCAUCUUAUCAUUAUAACUUUUUCAA